GAGACCAAAUAAAUGGGUGCCUCUCAUUUUCUUUUCCUACUUUUUCUUUGCAGCCAUCUUGUUAUUGUCUGCCUCACAUAAUAAUUAGUUAAUUUCGAACCUCAAAAUGCUACCACAGCAAGUCAGCAAGCAACGGUAUUAAGAGGAAAUCAACUGCACAAAAUGCGGUUUUAUUUUCAUGAAUCGAUGAGUGAUCCAUCAUACUCUAAUCGCUCUAUAUGCCAUUAAUGAUCUUUACCAGCAAUUCGCAGAUGUGCUGAUUUGCAAGAAUUUCACCGGGUAUAUUUUGCCAAACACCCAUUAAAGCCUCCUAACAGCCCAAAGACUCGCCCUCAUUUUCACUCCCUCAGUUCUCUUCCAACCCCAAACCUCCCAACGAGCAAAUAAUGACGUUCUCUCGGAUUCUCUCUCGCUCUUUCUCUACUUUCCUUCAACCCAACUCCACAAUUAGCAUCAAAUCUAUUGCCAACGACCUCUACAAAGAACGCAGCCUCGAGUGCCUUGUACAGAAGUUCAAAAAGUACUCCGAGCUUAAACGGUUCCGCACCCGAGCCGGCAUAUAUGAAGACACGGUCCGCAGGCUCGCUAAGGCAAAAUGCUUAGGAUGGAUCGAAGAGAUCCUUGAAGACCAAAAGAAGUAUGAGGAUAUCUCCAAAGAAGGCUUCUCGAUACGACUCAUGUCUCUGUAUGGAAAAGCAGGCAUGUUUGAGCAUGCCCAUAAAGUGUUCGAUGAAAUGCCUGACAGGAACUGCAGGUGCACGGUCCUAUCGCUCAAUGCGCUUUUGGGGGCUUGUGUGAACUCAAAGAAGUUUGAUUUGGUUGAUGGGAUUUUUAAGGAGUUACCGAAGAAGUUGUCGAUUGAACCAGAUUUGGUUUCGUAUAAUACAGUUAUUAAGGCGUUUUGUCAGAUGGGUUCCUUUGAUUCGGCUGUUUUGAAGCUUGAUGAGAUGGAAAAGAAGGGUUUGGAGCCAGAUUUGUUUACAUUCAAUACCCUUUUGAAUGGGUUAUAUGGGAAGCGUCUGUUCUCAGAUGGUGAAAAGAUAUGGGAGCUAAUGCAGAAGAAGAAUGUUGUCCCUGACAUUAGGAGUUACAAUGCAAAGUUGCUUGGACUGGCGUUGGACAAGAAAACCAAAGAGGCGAUGGAGUUAGUUGAAGAAAUGAAGACUAGGGCAGUCAAACCAAAUGCGUUUAGUUUCAAUGCUCUGAUUAAAGGAUAUGUUAUUGAGGGGAACUUGGAAGAAGCAAAGUGGUGGUACGAUAACAUAGGGGAUGGCGAGAGUGCCCCUGGUAAAAAGACUUUCGAGAUUGUUGUUCCCUUCGUUUGUGAGAAGGGUGAGCUAGAGCUAGCCUUUGAGCUGUGCAAGGAAAUUUUUAAGAGGAAGUUCCUUGUUGAUGUUUCGUUAUUGCAGCUUGUGAUAAAUACACUGGUUAAGGAGUCUAAAAUGGAGGAAGCAAAGAAGCUUGUGCAGCUUGGGAAGAGACAUAGUUAUUGCCGUUAUGACCUGAAAUUGCCUUCAGGUGAGUAGUGCUAUGGUUUUCCAGUCCUUGUUUCGUUGCAAGGACCUUCGGUGGAGCCGGGGAAGGCCGAAUAAUUAUUUUCGUUGCACUUUUGUGCUUAGUUAAUCCUAUUGAAAUCUGUUAUCAAUUCUCUUUUGGAAAA